GCAAUUAAUCGUACGAGUAACCAAAGCAUUUCAAUUGCGAAAUUUUGUUUUCAUGUGUUUUUGUUUUUGUUCAAUAUUUGCUUAAAUUUUUAUGUUUUUAUUGAAAUUGCUUUCUAGAAGAUGGCUAUUGCUUUAUCCAGAGUAUCCAAGAAAAUAACCGAGUUCAUUAGUUUGUUAUUUAACCAGUAUAAAAAUACUUUGGUCGAGAUUAAAGAUGGAAUGGUUCAACGUCCAAUUAAAUCAGGUUUUCAGCUGUCAACUUUAACUGGACUUAUUUACUUGUUGAAUAAUAAUCCAAGCGAACAAUGUUACCUUGAUCAACUACUUACUGCUCGUAAUGAUCUACUCGUGGUUGGCGAUAACAUUAGGAAUCCAUCGAGCUUUGAAUUUGUAUCAUUUCUUAAUCAAUGUCAAGGAGAAAGAACUUUGAAACGUCUUGAUCUUGGUGUGAUUAGUUUAUUACUGCGAAUGGACCUUAGCCCAGACUGUGCACUUUAUAUUAACCAGUGUGAUUUUUUGAAACCAACCUAUAUGGAACUAUUGACUGAGAGAUUGGUUGAUAUUGGAGUUGCUGGUAGAUGGAGAGUUUUGGAUAGAAAAAUGAUUGAUUAUGAUGUUAAUCCAGAUGAAUGGAGUUGAUUUUUGGUUCCAAUUUUGUUGCAUUUCUAUUGUAAUUAGUUUAAAAAAGAUAUUAAAUUAAAAACAAAACUUUAUUGAGUACCCAAUAAAACAAUCUUAGCAGAAAUUAA